GCUAAUCUAAAAAAGCAGUAUCACCAAUCUAAUUAAAACUGGAGGAUUCAUCAGUGUAAAUAUUGCGUUAUACAUAAAUAGAUCGGAAUAUGCCUCCCGUUAUCCGUGAAGCUUUGGAUAAUCUAAGAAAAUCCAUGUCAAGCGGCCAUGCCUAGAUUUUCCUACCUCACAUUUUCAAUUACCUCGAUUAUCACUGAAGAACACUUUCAGGAAAAUUUUUCGAAUAUUCCAGGACACCUUCGAUAAAUCACGGAAAUAUUAAAAAAUCCCCGGAAAUACUCAAAAACUCCAAGAAAUAUUCAUAAUUACAGGAAUAAGUAAAAUUCCCGCAAAUAUUUGAAAUUUCCCGAUCUCGGUGAACGCAUUACAAAUUUAUUUGGGGGGGUGAACACGUGUAACGAAACCCAGGCAUGCAAGCAGCUCGUGGUUACAUAUUCAAAAAGGUUAAGAGAAGUAGUCGUUAUAAGACGAUUGAGUGAGGAGAUAUCCAUAAAUACCUCUGGGGAGCAGGGUCACCAUGAAGUAAACGUUUACGUGAUGUGUCAAUUACAUAUUUGACAAUCAUGGUUAAACUUGCCUUCUUUGUUCUUGGUUCGAUAUCGUUAAUCAUAAAGCAAUAUGCUGACCAAUAUCGUAAAGCGGAUUUGGACAUGACCUUGACCGAGCUGGAACCGGAUCUUAGCCUGCCAAGGAUUCAGACUUACGACUUUAUAAUUGUUGGCGCAGGCACGGCGGGAUGUCUGUUGGCGGGACGUCUUUCUCAAUAUUUCAAGGUUUUGCUUCUAGAAACUGGCGGAAAUCCACCCCCGCCUGUGAAUCUGCUGAUAUGGCUAGAGAACGCGAUUAACAAGGAUACCCUCAUCAAUUACCAAUUCCAAUCCAAACAACAACACCUUUCAUUAAAAUCUGGCGGGGUAUUAAACAUUUCCAUGGGUAAAAUGAUGGGCGGGUCGGGAUCUCAUAAUGGAAACUUUUACAAUCGGGGUUCGCCAUAUGACUAUGAUCACUUCGCAAGAAUUACGCAAGACUCGAGCUGGAGUUAUUCAAAUGUCAUCCAGCAUUUUAAAAGAAUUGAAAACUUUGAUGGAAUUUUGGUCAAUGAAAAUCAACGAGAUUUUUACGGAACAAAUGGACCCAUUUCUGUAACUUCGUCUAACUCACCAACGCUUGGAAUUUGGCUGGCGGCGGGCCGCGAAUUAGGAUUCCAGGCGGCAGACUCGAAUGCGUUCCAGAUCGAAGGUUUCGCCCCUCUCGCCUUGUCGACCAAGAAUGGGGUGAAAUCCAGCUCUUACACUGCCCUUAUUGAAGGAGUUGAAAACACCAAUCCUAAUUUGCGACCCUUGCGAUAUUCCCAGGUUCAGAAGGUUCUAAUUAACGAAAACAAGGUCGCAUACGGCGUGACAUAUUUGCGACACGGAAUUCCCCAAAUUGCUCACGCUUCACGAGAAGUCAUCAUCUCUGCGGGGGCUGUCCUUUCACCAAUUAUGUUGAUGAAAUCGGGCAUUGGCCCUGCAAAUACGCUUCAAGCUGCCAAAAUCCCAAUCGUGCAAGAUCUCCCUGGAGUUGGACAAAAUCUCCUGGAUCAUGCCGCCAUCCAUUUCAAAUUUCAAAUUCUUAACCCAUCCGCAGCUCAAGCACUAAAUCCACUAUUGUCCGAAUCUGGCUGGGAGGAUGCAUUUAUCAAGUUGCAGGCUCCAGUGAGAACAGGAGCAGUUGUUGAAAACCUCCGUCACCAAGCGUUCGUGGUAUCGUCUCGGGCAAGGCGAGAAAAUGAAGGGCACUGGCCGGACUAUCAUUUAUUUUUUUACAUGGAUCUUAAAAGUGGACUUGACACUAAUGCAACUUAUAUUAAUAUCAAUGUGGAAUUUGGGAGGCCUAAAUCCAGAGGGUGCGUCAUUCUGAAUACUUACGCGCAUUCUUCUGGGGAAAUAGACGAUGAGAAAUUGGUCAGUCUUGACUUGGGAAGUUUGACAGAUCCGACCGACAUAGAUGUCCUCCUUGAAGGCAUUCGCCUCAUUUUCAAGAUUUCGAAGACAGCUGCGUUCCAGGCAUUGAAUUUAAAGUACGUACCCGAUGUCCCAACACCAUGUAAAUUGCACAACUUUGACUCGGACGAGUACUGGAGGUGCUACAUCGUGCAGACGUCAAGCUCAGCGUGGCAUUUGUCAGGAUCUUGCAUAAUGGGCGGGAGAGAUGAUCCACUGGCCGUGGUAGACUCGGAACUAAAGGUGCGUGGAGUGUCGCAAUUACGCGUCGUGGAUGCAAGCGUGCUGCCAACUUCGACGAAUGGAAACACAAAUGCACCCACGCUUCUCGUCGCGGAGAAAGCAGCCUGUCAAAUACUUCGGGAUUACUUGCAACCAUAUAGCGAUCCUAAUUUCUGUCCGUUAGAUAAUCCCGGUUAUUUUAAGCCAUUUGGUAAAUAAUAUAUGUUUGUGUUUGUCAGCUUGUUUGGAUAAUAAAUAUUUAAGGGUAACAAUAUCCACUCGAGCCGAA